CAGACUGCAGAGAAACGAGGCGGGAGUCGGAUUUCGGGCAGCGGUCGCAAUAAGUGGGUUUUGGCCGCCGGAGCUGUAGAGGGGUUCUGGACGGCGCUAAUAAGCCUCCCGCCUCGCCGAGCGAAGCAGGCUCGAGAACAGCCGGCCUGCUCGGCAGGCUGGCGGGCCUCGGUCAGGGAGCCUCAUCCUGGGCGCUUUUCAGUAAAAGUACCUUCUGUAGAGCUUGUCGGGGGGUAGGUGUUUAGUUGCAGCUUUGUUGCCUGAUCCUGUGGGUUUGGAAGGCCUGAUUUACCAUAUGAGAAAGCGCGGGUUCAACUGUAUCGUUAUAUGGGUAGAGAAAUUUACUUUUAAAUAAAUCAGCGGUACACCGUUCCGGAGUCGGGUAACUCUAGAGGAGAUGUUUCUGGAAGGAGUAAAGAUGAGCAGCGUUGAUGCUUCCCUUCUCGCGUACCUGUGGAGCUGACACCAGUGCAUUUCAGACCUCAUGCAUUUUUAAUUUCCCUCAGUCCCGACAGGCAGAUGUCUAUAUUGCUGUUAGUGUGCAGGGUUAUUUAUAGUCCUUUAUGGAACAGAAAGGAAACUCUAUUAUUUUGCUCCCAGACAAGAAUUUUAUUUUCAUCAUGUAAAUAACGUGUACAGAGCCUGGAUUUUUUGCACCUUUGCUUAACAGGAAAGUGUCAGUUUACCAUUUCAUGCAGACCUGAAUGUACAUGUAACCUCGCUCUCUUGUACUUGGACAGUCUGCUUAAUUUUAUUACAGCAGUUUGCUAGGAAUUGUUUUAGAUGUGCCUACUCAGCCUGUCAGAGUUUGCUGACUUUAUCAACAGUUUCCUGUGGAAAAUACUCUGGCAAAGGACUGUAGCUCAAAAGAAGCAGCAGAUCGUAAGAGUGUGAAAAUGGUUGGAAGCUUUCUCUGCUUAAGCAGUGGUUUUUGGAGACUGGACGGCUAUUUGCAACAUCUUGAUUUGGGUUAGGGCUGAUGAGUGGGACCCUGGCAGCAAAACCUUCCCCCCCACCAACUGCAUCUCUCUUCCACGCAGGUGUGAAUGACAGAGGAGGUGCCUCCGACUGCACUCAGCGAGAUAUACCUUCGCCUUUUGUGUCAUGAUGACAUAGAUACAGUCAAACAGCUCUGUGGUGAUUGGUUCCCCAUCGAGUAUCCUGACUCAUGGUAUCGGGACAUAACCUCCAACCAGAAGUUUUUUUCCCUGGCAGCGACUUACCGUGGCACCAUUGUGGGAAUGAUAGUUGCUGAGAUCAAGAGUCGAGCCAAAGUGCACAAAGAGGAUGGUGACAUUUUAGCUUCUGGUUUUCCAGUCGAUACUCAGGUUGCUUACAUUUUAAGCCUAGGAGUGGUAAAAGAAUUCCGAAAGCAUGGCAUAGGAUCUCUUCUGUUGGAAAGCCUGAAAGAUCACAUUUCGACCACUGCCCAGGAUCACUGCAAAGCCAUUUAUCUGCAUGUCCUUACCACAAACAACACGGCGAUACACUUCUAUGAAAACAGAGACUUUAAGCAGCAUCACUACUUGCCCUACUAUUACUCCAUCAGAGGGGUCCUCAAGGAUGGCUUCACUUACGUCCUAUACAUCAAUGGUGGACACCCGCCGUGGACAAUCUUCGACUAUCUUCAGCACAUUGGUUCAACUUUGGCCAAUCUGAGCCCCUGCACGAUUCCCCAGCGGAUUUAUCGCCAAGCCCAGAGCAUUCUCUGCAGCCUUUUGCCAUGGUCGGGCAUUUCAGCCAAGAGUGGCAUUGAGUACAGCCGGACCAUGUGAUCCCAAGGGAGGUCCUUCGUGGCAUCGCUGCAAGUUACAGCUCCAUGGUGAAAAGAUCACAGUGGCUCCGCCCCUCAACCCCUCCUGGACUUGGCAGAUUUUCUCCUCUUGUUACUGCUAGUUUCCCAUCUUUAGCCCGAGCAGGAGGAAAGACCAGCGGGCUGAUGACCACUGCGCUGCUGCACCAGUGCUGCAAGGGAGGGGAGCGGCUGCUCUUCCCCUGCCCGGGCUCUGUCGCUGUGCAGCGGGGAGAUGCUUGGGAUGGGGGGUCGCUGUGCAGCAAGCCGAGGACUGCCUGGUGAUCCUUGGUGAGGUGACUGGGAGCCAAGGGGACUGUUGACAGCUGAGGCCUCCCAGAUUGUUGUCAUUGCUUGUCGCCGCCACGUCCCUUGCCGGAAGGACUCCCUUGGCUCACCGUUUGAUGCAGGCAAGGCACAGGAAAGCCUUUUGCUCUUCCAUGCUGAAAUGUGUGUGUGCUGAAGUACAUGCGCACCCUGUGUAUAUUGCUCUGCCUCUAGUCUGGACUGGGCCUUGAAGGGGGGUGGAGUGGAAGUAUGGGAGGAGUUGGAUGGGGAAAUGCUCCCAAGUCAAGGCCUGAGAAGGUGUCCUGCUCUCUCCUACUUUUGGGUCCCAGAGUGCAAUUGCAGAUGUGCCUCCCACUUCCUUCCAAGUGGAAGCAGGAGGCUUGAGCCGCUCUUGGCAAGAUGAGCGUGCGAUUUUAAGCCCUUUCUGCCUGUUGGCCCUCCGUGCGUCCAGCCAUGUGUUUUGCACAAGAGAGUCCCCACGCUCCUUGUAAGCUCUUGGAGUGAAGGGCCCGGUGUUCAAGCCUUGCAUGUCAUUUCUGGUCCCUCAAGAGCAUUGGGAAAGCGUUGCUCCCUCGCUCGUGGACCAGGUUCAGCUGUCUCAAGGGCAACAGAGCACUGAGCCUGAUGCUGUGCGCCUCUUGAAAGGCAGGCAUUUCCCUAAGAGGCACUGGGGAGCCGCCAUCGCCGCCUCCUGUGCCUGCAGUAUCGGUGAGUAGCAUCUUCCGAGAGCUGCACACCUAGGCAGGGGUGGCUCUCAUGACCUAAUAGAGCCUGCACGAUCUCUCUUUUGGAAGGCAUGUGGUUCUGGUCACCACUCAUUGCACAAACUUGAAAAAGCAGCAGGCUUACACCUUUAGUGCUAAACAGGAAUUGCUGAUUUGCAUUGGGGGUGGGAAGACCCUGGGAAGUCCAGGUGAAGGCCCACUCCUUUGCUUGCCCUGUGAUGGUUUUGUUUCCAGGAGCUCCGCUCCCCAAUAUUGCCUGGGUCACUGUUUUCCCAGCUCGGCUCUAAAGUUGACACUCCCAAGACAGUCCUGGCCGUGGUGGAAUAGGAAGCCUUCCUUGGGCCUUGGGAGUUUGGGCAGACCCCCCACCUUCUGUGUGUGUGUUGGGGGGCUUAGGAAAAGGGCUUGGGGGGGAUGGGACACUUGCAGCUCCUGCUUCCCUCUGUUGGGUGCACUGGCCUCUGAGGUCUUGCUCAUGGCCGGCAAACGUGGCAGCUCGGUGGCACCAUAGAGCAGUGACAUACCCUGUGAAGAAUCAGAUCCAAUGCUGGAGUGGUGCUAUCUACCACGUGUUCCAUUUACCUUCCAGCGUUGAUCAAGGAGUUGCUAGCAGGGUUCAGAGCAGCAUGAAGGUGUUGCUGAUGGAUUCCAGGUGGCAGUGGCUGCGCUGCGCAGGGGGCCUGGUUGUGCUGCUGAAGGCAAAUCAGCCUACACGAAUCAGUGGGCACCAUCCUGGGCAGACCUUGCCUUUCUCUGGGGGCCCCUUCACCUCCCUGAUUGCACUGUCUGGGGUAUCUCUUGUCUAAAAGGUUAGGGAAGCCCAAAGUGCCAGGGGUCCAUCACGGGGCAAGUGACAUCACGCUCGUCGUGAUGCAGUUAACACCAUUCAGAAUUUGCUCAGUUGGCAAGAUGACAUCAUGAUGCCUGUGAUGACAUCAUGGCUUGUCCCAGAGCCCUGUGGGAUCACGUGGCUGUUUUGCACAUAGCUUCUUGUCUUCAAAGCGGGAAGGACCAUUCAAAUCCCAGGCGUAGCGUGUCGCCUUCUUGAAGGAUGUUGUGCUUUUAGAUCUCCCUUUGCCCGAAGAUGCCCUGACAAUGCAGUUUCAUUGUGUUUCAGGUUAUGAUUUUUGAAUAUUGCAUCUCUCUUGUUCCUGUAUGCCUACCUGUUGUGUGUGCAAAUUCUGCCCCUUCAGAGAUGCUUCAGCUCUGAGGCCGCAUCUUUCCUCCCCCAAAAGGUGUCAUAUUGGCCUCUGUCCUUAUUUAUUGAACAGCACGUCAGCCAGUCAUUUUAAAUGUCUUGGAUUAAAAGGGUUUGUUUUGUUUGUGA